UGGGAGGCUCGGAGAGUUGUGACCGCCUCCUUCCUGCCGCUAGGACCCGGGCGGGGAAGGCGGGUGCCAGCCCAGAAGAGAAGAAAGGGGAGAGGCCGGCGGGUCAUGUCCUGGUCACUGCGCACCACUCUCCUUUGGGACCUGAUCCUGGGCGUACUGGGCAUCUCCGCCUUCCUGAUCCACCUGGGCUCCGACCUGUGGGCUGUGAGCCAGUAUGCGCUCCGCGGCCGCUACGUGUGGGCCGCGCUGGUGUUGGCGCUGCUGGGUCUCGCCUCGGUCGCGCUGCAAGUCUUCAGCUGGGUCUGGCUGCGCGCGGAUCCCGCUGGCCUGCACUCGUCGCAGCCCUCAGUCCGCUGCCUGGCGCUGCUCCACCUCCUGCAGCUGGGCUACCUGUACAGGUGCAUGCAAGGGCUGCAGCAGGGGCUGUUGGUGUGGCAACAGGAGGUGCCCUCCCAGUUUGACUUGGCCUACGCUGACUUCCUCUCCCUGGACAUCAGCAUGCUGCGGCUCUUUGAGACCUUCCUGGAGAAGACGCCGCAGCUCACGCUGGUGCUGGCCAUCGUCCUGCAGAGUGGCCAGGCCGAGUACUACCAGUGGGUCGGCAUCUGCACGUCCUUCGUGGGCAUCUCGUGGGCACUGCUUGACUACCACCGGGCCUUGCGCACCUGCCUCCCCUCCACGCCCGUCCUGGGGCUGGGCUCCUCCGUGAUCUACUUCCUGUGGAACCUGCUGCUGCUGUGGCCCCGAGUCCUGGCUGUGGCCCUGUUCUCAGCUCUCUUCCCCCGCUACGUGGCUCUGCACUUCUUGGGCCUGUGGCUGGUGCUGCUGUUCUGGGUCUCGUUUCAGGGCACCGACUUCAUGCCAGAUCCCCACUCUGAGUGGCUGUACCGGGCAACAGUGGCCACCAUCCUUUAUUUCUCCUGGUUCAAUGUGGCUGAGGGUCGCACUCGAGGCCGCGCCACCAUCCACCUGGUGUUUCUCCUGAGUGACAGCAUUCUCAUGGUGGUCACCUGGGUGACUCAAAGUGCCUGGCUGCCCAGUGGGAUCCCCCUGCAGGUGUUGCUGCUUGUGGGAGGCAUCAGCUUCUUUUUGGGUCUGGUUCUGCGGCUUGUCUAUUACCGCUGGCUGCACCCCAGCUACCCUUGGCAGCUUGCCCAGGUGGACGGGACCCACGCCUUCCGCUCCCUCGAGUGCUAUCGGCUGCCUCAGAACAGGCGUGCUGACCAUUUGGCUCAGAAUUUUUUCCCCAAGGCUAGGGAGGAGGCUGCUUGGCCCCAGGAGGGAGAGGUAAAUGGAGUCCUUUGAGGCAGGGUCAAACCCAGCCAGGGACAGAAGGACACGUGCAGUCAGUUAGAUUGCAGGAGAAGAUAAGCUAAUUAUGCUGCUGUGGGCCUUGAUUCACUCAACAAGCUCUUGAUGCCUGCUCUUGCCAGGCACCAAAGACCAGAGUUGAGUAAGACAGAGGCUGGCCUUCCAGGCCCUGGAGGUCAAGAGCCUCAAUUAUGUUCAAAGCACUUUGGGAAGAAAGAAGAGAUCCUCUUUUCUGUACCUCCCAACCAGUAUAUCUGGUGCCCCAAACACCCCAGCGUUGGUAUUUUCACCUCCGAAAUAAUUGGAGGAGGUGCUCUCCUACCCUUUGGUUCCCCUAGCCUGAGCUAGAAGGCCUUGACCUCCAGGAUGUGUUCUCUAGAGUUCUUCCCCCUCUGCCCCACCUCAGUCAUUCAAUUCACUCACCAAAUGUUUACCGAGAGCAUUUUAUGUGCCAGGGACAUUAUUUUAUCCUUGGAUCCUAGAACAAGAUCAGCUGCCACCCUGCCCAUCUCCAGCUGCUCCAUGCUGGAGCCAUGGAUGCCCAACUGGCUGGCCUCCGUUAACCCCUCCAAGGCCUUAGUGCAGCUGGUCCAGCCUCUGUCCCUGCUCUCCAGGGGCUGCCUUUCAACCAAGUGCCUUGUGAACCUGUGGUCUGGGCCAUGGUUAAGCUGGUUGAAUAUUUUUUUACACUUUAGACAGUGUAUUUUCUACCUCAGAGUCUGUUGUGAGAAGGAGAGGUGUAUGCGUGUCUCUGCAGGUGAGAGACAUGUAUGUGCUGUUUUGUUCAACAGUAUUAUUAGGUUAUUAUUAAAACCUUAUAAAAUCAUAAAAAAAAAUAAAAAAUAAAUAAAUAAAACCUUAUAAAAUCCUACAAACUAGUUGUGUCAUUAAUCUAAAUCUACAGAAU